CUGCGUCGGCUUCUGCCAACCGUCUGUUUCGUACCUUGAUGAAGGAUGCAUAUAUCUACAGCUUGUCGCUGCAUCAAUCCUCCAACCGUUUGACUUGAUUGCUCAGCUCAACAAUAGAAAGCCAAACAAACAACACGAAUCCAAAAAAACUCAAAUAUUACAAAACACCAUCUUGUUCACAAACCAAGAAACGCCAAGAGGCUAGUUACCCUAUCUUGCCUUACCAUCAAACUUAUUUGGUACUUUAACUCAACCAUUUACACCCCGCUUGUUCGAAUCAAUUUACAGCGUGCGCUCUGGCAACCCCAGCAAUUUCCAACUACCAAACUUAUACUUCACACACAAUCGGCAUCAUGUCGCAAAACGAUAUCAGGCCAUCGCUGCCCACGCGCACCUCAACAUCCUCCAGUGUUUCCCGCAGGUCCAACCUCAGCCUCGACCUGUCAAACCUGCCGCCUCUGACACAACCUGUCACACCGACCAACACCCUACUCUUCACCAACCUUCUUGACCGCGACAUCUUCCGCCCCGACAACCUCGAGACUAUUCGCAACCUUGUCACAAAAACCGCUCCGAUACAUUCUUUCGCACCCCUAAAGUCUUUUGCGCGCAUCGUGAUUUCUUUCUUUUCAGAGGAGGAUGCCAUCGCCGUCCGUCGGGUCUGGGAUGGCGAAGCCACUAUGGGUGCGAGCUGCAACGUCUACUUUGGCCGCCCGACCCCUCUGGAUGUCAAAGAAGAGCGCCUCGCCCUGCCCGACGCCGGCAAGCUCUUCUUCAUCUCGCCACCGCCGUCGCCACCCCACGACUGGGAGAUGAGGCUAGAGGAUGCACCAAACAAGCUGGUGCACGCCGAGGAUCUGGCAGAGGCUCUGGCCAGGUUGCACCAUAACAAGGACGCUUCCGGCCUUAGCGGAGUUCAGACCCCCAUCUCGCCCACUGGAGGCAACACCAGGAGUCGCAGCUCUACGCUCAUCUUCCAGCCCGGCCAGGACGGCGCCUCGCCUGAGCUGCCCGCCAUCGCUAUCUGCGAUAUGACCGACGAGCCGGAGGAUGCAUUCAUGAGCCCCAUCGAUGUACCAAAGCCAAUUUUGGCCCAUACCGCACGACCUCCUGUCGAGCUUAUGCACGCAGCUUGAGCGUCAUACAUGGUCAGCUCUGCAUAAGUAUUAUUAUUACCUGCUUCUGGCAGCUACGGGCAACAGAACACCUCCUAGUCGGGGCAUCUUCAACUCAAAUAAUCCUCGGGAAGCAGCGGUAGUCGAUAACUGAUUUUUGGUCAGAUAUUCAUGUCUCGCGCAAAACGUUCGGGGGUUCCAGCGGUGACAUAAGCAAGCGCCCGCAACUGGGACGCGCUUCUUGCAGAUAUUGAGACGAAUGAGGGUUCCCUUGGGGUUCGGAGGAAUUUGUGGAAUUAAAACUUGUUAAAAGUCGAGAUCGGGAGUUACAAGGCGCUAUACGAAUACGUUCUGGUCGUGGGGAGACCAGAUUAGACCAGAUAUUGAAAUUAUGCGAGACGAUUGAUACCACAAACAAAAAUGUUGUUAUUCAUGAUGCACAUAAAUCAGGCCAUUGUUCCAAGACUUUUGAGGUUAACUGCAUCGCCUGCUUGAGACGAGAUUCAACAUACUCUACUACGUAUGUACCAUGGAAGAUAUCUAGAUAGGUAAGGAUAGAUAACCAGCUAGGUCCAGGUAGUUAUAGCUCCACGUUUCUCUGUUGAUUACAUGCAUACUAGCAGGACU